AGCCAUUUUCGCUCGAGCAGUUUUGGUCUCGAGGGACGCGUUGAAGGCAAAUCCAGCGCUCGCACCCCGCUCAAGAGGAGGGGGGGGCUGCCCUCAGAAAGGCCGGCGGCGAGCGCAGCGAGAUGGCUGGGGGUGGGCCGCCAGGUGGUGCCUCUCCCGCGGUGGUCCCGCGGGAGGAGCGUGCCGCAGGCAGAGGAAGCGGCGGCUGCACUCAGGCUCAGGGCGCCCUCCUGGAGCUGGUGGGCGGGGAGGGUGCAGAGCUUCUCCAGGUCGGCCUGGGACCCAUCGACAGGGCGGUGAUGGAGGACGGCCUGCGAGUUCUCAACACGUUCCUGCACGUUCCGGACGCGGGUCCGGACGCGCGUGUGCGCUCCCGCUCGGCCCCCGCGGCGGCGAGGGGGCACUGCUCCACACACGCCGCGGAGCUGUGCGGGCGCGUCGCGAUGACGUCGUGUGUCGCGGAAGGUGCCACCCUCGACUUGGGCCCGACGUGGGGGUCUAUCCUGCACUCGACGGGCAGGUGCCGCCCUUGCCUUUUCGCCGAGCGCGGCUGCAGGAACGGGGAGCUCUGCCGAUUUUGUCACAUCUGCCCCUCGGCAAGGAGGACGCGGGCUACCGAGGAGAAGCGUAAGCCAAAGCACUUCUCGUGGCGCAGCCUCCGCAAGGCCACCGCCGGGGCGAGGGCGAGGGCGCGUGGUGAUGGAGCGCAUGUCGCUGCUUGACGCUUUCAGCUUAGAGCCUGCGGUGCGGGCUGGCAGAGCGGCUGGGGCUGUUCUGCUUCGGAGUCGUGGGUGCACGAUUUGUGCGCUCGGUCGUCUCCUGGGCAUCAGGCCUGCUGCCUCGUCUCCGCACGCGGAAUCCCUGUGGCGAGCAAAGUUUCCACUCGCGAUUUGAACACACAUGGCACGGUCGCAGCCUGUUGGCGCGCUCUGCAAUUCAGCUGCUGCACUCGGGACCGAUCACCUCCUCUUCCUCCUCCUCCUCCUCCUCCUUCUCCCCCUCCCCCUCCUCUUCCUCCUCCUCCUCUUCCUCCUCCCCCUCCUCCUCCUCCUCAUCAUCCUGCCAUCUGGCCUUGACGAGUGGCAAUACCUGGCCACCGCAAGGCCACAGCGGCGUUUGGUACGCAUGGCGGUGCUCAGGGCAGUCUGUGCGGCAUGGCCCUGACUGUGAGGCGAGUCUUCGCAACUGGCAAGAUUCGGCGGCCCGGCGCGACCAGGUAAUUCAAAACGUUACGCCUGCAGACGGGCGAGCGAUGCUGAGCCUCUUAGGGGCCUCUACCCCCGGGUGGUUUGACCAGGGGGGCAGUGGGGAACGAUCAUUUAGCAUCGUACCCACGCCAUCAGUGUGCCAGUAUAGAGUAUAGUCGCAGACGGUGCUCCAACCUCAUAUUCCGAGGCAACGCACGAUGUCGUUUCAACCGUUGGCUCUGUUCCUAUCGUGCGCGCGAUCUUGCUGGAAUAUGAUGUGAUAGUCUUUAAUUGCGUGAAACCUUCGGGUGAUCAGAAUCAAGGCCGAUGUUUGACAUCUUGUCCGAUGCUGGGACGGGUUCCCUCAAGCGCAAGUUUCGUAAAGGAUUUUGAUGCUGGUCAGGAA